AUGGGAGCCUCUCCAGAUGAGCCCAAAGCUCUUGUUUCAGGGAGGCAGAAUACACCGGAGGUGCCUCCCUCUUCAUCUUCACCAGAUGACGAACAACUGGAACUUGAUGUUAUCAAGGUCGAUGAAGAUUCCAAGCAGGAUAAGGAGAAGAAAGAUGAGGCCGAGCAAGCUGCCUCGUUGGGAAAUUAUUUCAGAAUCCUGUCCUACUUGACUAUCAAAGAUCGCAUGGUCCUGGCAGUCGCUCUGAUAUCCUCGAUGGCCUCCGGAGUGCCACUGCCUCUGAUGAAUAUUAUUUUCGGUCAGCUGGUUGGUAAAUUCGGGAACUAUUUUCUUCCCCACUCAACCACAACUGAAAGCGAAUUCAAAGCUUCUGUCAGUCGAUUAAGUCUGUUUAUUGUCUAUCUUUUCAUUGCAAAGUUCGUUUUGACUUAUUUUUCCAUGUACUGCUUUCGCGUUACUAGUCUUCGAGUCUCUGCAGCAUUGCGACUGGAGUACAUGAGCUCUCUCUUUGCUCAGCCUAUCAGCAAACUGGACCAAGUUUCAGUCGGCACCGUUGUCAAUGCAAUCACUACCUCCUCGAACUCAAUUCAACAAAGUAUAUCCGAUAAACUGGCAAUUCUAUUCCAAUCACUCGCGCUAUUGAUCUCGGCCUAUAUCAUCGCCUUCAAAUAUUCAUGGGCUCUGACACUUGCGACUAGCUCGGCCAUCCUCUUUAUCGUGAUCGUCUGCUCUUUAACAGUUCCGGCGAUUAUGAAGAUCCAGCAGGAGGUGGACAAAGCGAAUGAAAAGCAUUCAACGAUCGCAGCGGAGGUCUUUGGAUCCAUCCGAACAGUGAUUUCACUUGGUGCCGAGGCGCCCCUGGCCAAAAAGUAUUGUCAGUGGGUCGAGGAAUCGCGCAAAAGAGGGACCAAACUAUCUGUCAUCAUGGGGUUUCAAUUUGGCCUUCUUUUCUUCGCCAUGUAUGCCAGCUACUCCCUGGCGUUUUGGUUGGGAUUGAAACUGUUUCGGGAGGGCCAUAUCCCGAACAUUGACACAGUCAUCACGGUAUUCUUUUCCGUCAUGAUCGCUGUGAGUAUUCUCGGAAGUAUCGCGUCGCCGUUGAUGAUGAUUUCCAAAGCAGCCAGUGCUGCGACUUCAUUCUUCGACAUAAUCGACGCGGAGAGAAUUGCCGCAGACGGAGACCGGGAUACAGACGCGCUGGCUUCGGGAGAUAUCGUAUUUGAAAAUGUUCGGUUUUCAUACCCGGCACGACCGGAUACGCAAAUUCUCUUCAACUUGAAUGCGCGAUUCGAACGAGCGAAAACAACUGCCAUCGUGGGCCCAUCUGGAUCGGGAAAAAGCACGAUCGUCGCACUUAUAGAAAGGUGGUACUCGCCGGAAAGUGGCGGUAUUUCAGUCGGUCCGCGCAAUAUUGCAGAGUUGGAUCUCAAGUGGUGGAGAUCUAAUAUUGGGCUUGUGCAGCAAGAGCCAUUUCUGUUCAAUGAUACAAUCUUCAAAAAUGUUUCGUUUGGAUUGGUUGGCACCGAGUGGGAAGACGAGUCCGACUCUGUGAAAUUGGAGAUGGUGAAGAAUGCAUGCAGAGAAGCAUUUGCUGACGAGUUUAUCGAUCGACUGGAAAAGGGAUAUGAGACUCUGGUAGGCGAGAAUGGCGCAAAAUUGAGCGGUGGUCAAAGACAACGCCUGGCUAUAGCCCGAAGCAUCAUUAAAGAACCGACUAUCUUGAUUCUAGAUGAAGCCACCAGCGCCAUCGAUGUCCGUGGGGAAAGAAUUGUUCAGGCAGCCCUCGAUCGUGUCUCUAAGAAUCGAACAACUAUUGUGAUUGCUCACCGGCUCUCCACUGUUCGGCGGGCUGAUAAAAUCAUUGUUCUCCGAGGAGGCAUGAAUGUCGAAGAAGGAACCCAUGAUGAUCUUCUAGCGAUGGACGAAGGCCUUUACAGAGGCCUGGUCAAUGCCCAGAAACUCGACACCGCUGCGGAUGACGACGAGGAUACGGUAGAAAUUACAGAAGCCUUGAAGCAAGAGAUUGACUAUUCUACGACGGCCUUGGAAGAUUCACAAGAAAACAACAAGAAGAAAGUUGACAAGCGUGGCUUCUUCAGAAGUGUUGGACUUUUAAUGUACGAGUCACGAAGCCAUUGGAAAUUCUUCUUGCUGGCAUUGCUCGGAAUUUUGGGCGCUGCUUCUGCCUACCCUCUACAGAGUUGGCUUUUCGCCAAGCUCAUUCAAGUCUUUUCUUUUACGGAUCAGAAACUGGUUGACGCCGCCAAUUUCUGGGCAUUGUGGUUUUUUGUCCUCGCUCUAGGCAUUGCAGCCUGUUACGCAACAAUUGGAUUUUCGGCUAACAGACUCGCUAUCGAAAUGUCCUCAACCUCACGAAGAGAAUACUUUGAAAAUAUUCUUAGAAAGCCUGUUCCAUUCUACGACCUGAGCGAUAAUGCCUCCGGAUCUCUCGUUUCACGCCUGGCCACCGACCCCAAGCAAAUCGAAGAUCUGAUCGGAAUCAACGGGGUCUUCCCCGUCAUUUCUCUAUGCAGCAUGAUCGGUUGCAUUGCAAUUGCUUUCUCCUUUGGCUGGAAAUUGAGUCUUGUGGCCACUUUCGCUGCUCUUCCUUUUGUCUUCCUUGCCGCCUACAUGCGUAUCCGGUAUGAGCUGGAAUUUGAUGCGAUGAAUUCUGCCGUCUACUCGGGUAGCUCUCAGUUCGCUGCUGAAGCCAUCGAGGCCUUUCGCACCGUUUCAGCACUGACGAUGGAAGAUUCUAUUUUGAAACGCUACUCGACUCUGCUGCAAGAACAGCAGAAUAAGGCUUUUCGGAAAGCCUGGUACGCCACUCUUGUGUUUGCAUUCUCUGACAGUGUUGAGCUUUGUGCGAUGGCCCUCACCUUCUGGUAUGGUGGCCAGCUACUCGCAUCUAGAGAAUACGAGCCCACUGCCUUUUUUGUUGUCUACAUGUCCAUCAUUCUAGGUGGACAGCAAGCUGGUCAAUUCUUCAGCUAUGGACCCAACAUUGCCCAGGGAACCGCUGCCGCGAACAGAAUGCUGGACUUCCGCCCCUCCCUGGAAAGUUCUGAGAACUGCCCUGAGAAGCGUGAGAUUGAUCAAUCCUGUGGAUCUGGAGCACAUAUUGAGUUCAAAAAUGUCGCCUUCAAGUAUGACUCCCAGGAGAAGCCACUAUUCACCGGUCUUGAUGUCAAUAUAGAAAGUGGCCAAUUUGUCGCGUUCGUUGGUGCCUCGGGUUGUGGUAAAACAACGACCAUCUCGAUGCUCGAGCGAUUCUACGAUCCUUUCCAAGGAACUCUUCUUCUCAAUGGAGAAGACAUUGCCAACAUAGACAAAGCUACCUAUCGCCGAUCAUUGUCCUUGGUUGCUCAAGAACCGCGUCUUUUUGAAGGCUCCAUCCGGGACAACAUCACUCUCGGGCUUGACAACUCGGAAUAUACCGAAGAAGAACUAAUCCAAGCAUGCAUCGAUGCUGAGAUCCAUACAUUCAUCACUUCCCUUCCCGAGGGAUACUCAACAGAUCUAGGGAUAAAAGCCCAGACAGCUCUGAGUGGUGGUCAGCGACAAAGACUCUGCAUCGCACGUGCCUUGCUACGAAAGCCGACCCUCCUACUCUUGGACGAAGCAACAUCUAGUCUCGAUUCGCAUUCUGAAAAGACCGUCCAGGCUGCCCUCGAGCGACUAGCUGGGCGGAGAAGUAUGACAAUCGUUGCCGUUGCACAUAGACUCGCAACUAUCCAGAAAGCGGAUGUCAUAUUCGUCUUUGGAGAGAGUCAGAAUGGAAAUGGGUCGACAAUCGUUGAGCAGGGGUCGCAUCAGGAGCUACUGCGCAGCAAGGGCAUGUACUGGCAAAUGUGUCAAGCAACUGGGCUGGACAGAUAG